UGCGGAAGUACCUGAGCUUACCUGUUUCCCGGACCUUGCACACCUGAGUUCGUAACACGACCCCACCAUGGCAGACGUCCCCAUGUCGGACAGGCACCGCGUCAUCAUCCGCAAGAAGUACGUCCCGCUGUCACGUGACCUCAACCCCAAGUACGUGCUGCCGUACUUGUAUCAGGAGAAGGUCCUGACAGAAGAGAUGAUGGAGGAUCUCGCCGCCAUCCCUGAAGCGAAAAAGAGCCACAAGGCCAGGAAACUGCUGGACAUCAUCAUGACCAGAGGAGACCGGGCCUUCGGCGUCUUCAAACAGGCGCUGGAGGAGUCCGGUUAUGGACAUCUUGCUGAACUACUUGAAGAGCCGAAACCACUCGUCGAAAGUGAACUGCACCACGAACAGGUCGCCUCUGAGGAGGUAUCGGAAGGACCGCUGAAGUCUCUACGCCUCUGUCUCCAGCCGUACAGGGAAACUCCUUCCGCCAAGAAAAUCAUCCAAGGAUGCAGACUCAUGGAGAAGGGUGCUGAAAUCCUGAACAACAGCGGAUAUACCGACGCGGAGGGCUUGAUAAAGAUAGUGGAAGGGUUCAUGCUACAAGAACGUCUCACUGCAAGAAGUUACGAACGUUUUCUGUACAGCCCUGACCAUCUCGGCUUGGACAGGGCGCGGUUAGCCGAACUCAUGACCUCUCAGCUUCAUCACAACCCUGCUGACAGUACCUGCCUGUUCCUACAGGGGGCGCUGCUGCCGUUCGACGAGACACGCGUACAGGAGAUGAGGAAAGUCGCAGACGUCGUGGUACAAAACGGAGAAGACGACCCGCUCCACAAGUACCUUCACCACGUCUACUGCGUUCUGGGAGAUAGUCUCCUAAAUUUGUACCGUGACAGCCCGUCCUGUGCCUUACCAGCCUUCACGAGCGCGUUAAUGCACAAGCGGGACUAUCCCACCGCCGUGCACCUGGCGGCAGAGUGCUCCAUGGUUCUCUCCCCGCCCGACGCGAUAGAACAGUUCCGGCGGUACCUGCAGCUCGCCCCGCCGUGCGACAAGCGGGUCCACUGGGCGCACUACUUCCUGGCCAUCCUCUACAGCCGGCAGGCCCAGCAGGAGAAGGCGGAGGAACACUACAACCUCGCCGUCCAGGCGGAGGAAAAACGCCUCCCUACGUCCGUGAUGGGUUGGGCGAAAGAGGUGGCACAGAAGGUGUUCUCUUAAGGGGUGCUAAACUCCACAAGGUGUUCUCUAAAGGGGUGCUAAACUCCAGAUGGUGUUCUCUAAAGAGGACACCUCACAGCAUUGCGGCAUGUUUGCGACGUCGCUGCGCUCGAAAUUGGAUUUGUGUUACCCUUGACUUUAUGAUGGAAAAUCCAUUCAGAUUACAAUUUAGAUGAUCAUAGAUGAUAUAUCAUACUUAAUAGAUAUAGCAUACUACGUACGUUCGUGUGGGAACCAACUUACAUUACGUAGAUUAUGUUAUGGUCAUUCUAUCAUCAUCAUCAUGUUUAAGCCCUUUCGAUAGACAUCCAAUUUAAAGUAAUGCAA